CGUCGAGCAGAGUCCGAGUGCCUCUUCCCCCGAUCUCGUACGCAGCUGCCGUUUUCGGAGGAACGGUUCAUGGACCCCGUCAGCGCACUGAACUUGGCGGUCAUGGGCCACUUCAAGCCUCACGGGAACCAGGGGGAGGAGAUGCCCCUCAGUUUCCAGGAUGCCGACUUGGGAGGAGGUGCUGGUUUCGCCAUCGAGGUCACGGUGUGCGACCUGAAGGUCGUGGGGCCGAGGUGCGACAGCAAGAAGAUUGCGAAGAGGGAGGCGGCCCACCUGGCCGUGCGGAGGCUCGUCGAGAUGGCAGCUGGCGACGCCUGACACAUCUCGGCGUAGCCUUGGCGCGCGGCGCGCGGGCGCGCCGGCACUCCCGGGCACGAGAGAGCCGCGGGGUCCAGGGCCCGCCCCCGAGAGGCCGGGCGCUUGCCCGGGGGAGCGGCGGCGGCGGGAGCCAAGCAA